UCACUUCCACUCCCUCACUCACUCCCUCCCAAAGGGACCACUUGGUGUGGUCACAAAAAAUCUUAGUGCUGCUAUAGUAACUGUGCAAUUGCUACUUACUGAUAGUAUUUGCUAAUAGUUAGAAGCGUACUAGGUUGUUGUUAUUAUAUACUAUAGUAGACAUGGCUGUUCCUCCUGUUCCAAUUGAGGGAGCAUUGACAUCAUUACCUGAUCAGGAACAAGAGAAUUCUAUUAUAGUAUCAGCUCUUACCCAUGUUAUUUCAUCAUCUUCUUCUACUAUGAGGACUAACACUAUUCAAUUUCAUGGUGAUUAUCUCCCAAUUCUUGAUGGUCCCAAAGUACAACAAGGGGAAUUAGAAUCAGGAAUGGUACUAGGAGGCAGAGCCAUGUCAUGGGGAGCAGGUGGGUCCCGCAAUGCUGACACGUGUCAGGUGUGCCAGAUCAGCGGCUGCCUGGGGUGCAACUUCUUCUGGCCGCAGCAGGUGGAGGCGGAGGAGAAGGGGAGGAUCAUGAGGAGGAAGAAGAAGAAUUACAGGGGAGUGAGACAGAGAGCUUGGGGGAAAUGGGUGGCGGAGAUUCGAGACCCGCGUAGAGCAACUCGUGUAUGGCUGGGGACGUUUGAGACGGCGGAGAAAGCUGCCAGGGCGUAUGAUAAAGCUGCCAUUGAGUUUCAUGGGGAGAAAGCUAAGACCAAUUUCGCGUUCUCUGAGUAUGCUGCUGCAAAUAUUGCACAAGAGAAGCAGCAGAGUGUGGUGGUGGCAGAGCAAAAGCAGGGUGGUGCAGGGUUGAAUUACAACCAAACAAAACCCAACAACGUUUCAUCAUCUUCAUCUCAAACGCAGGCCACCUGAGAUGAAUUAUCUCGAGAAAAUUGCUCAGUUUCAUCAUCCUUCAAGAGUUGCUUAACACAUGGAGUUCAUCUUUUCAAGAGUUUUAAACUUUCCUUCCAAGUUCAAAAUAAUUAUUGUUUUUUAAUUCUUCUAUAUUAGUUAGUAGUUAUUUUGCAUUGUGUAGGAAUCAAAUUUAUGUUUCAAAUUUUUGGAACAUCGAUUUGACGUACUGAAUUUCUUCAAAAAUAUCAGUUUCAGUAUU